AUGGCUUUCAAUACCGCGAUUAAAUCAAGCCUCAAUGGGCCUUCUGUUGCCUACGGUUUCUGGCUCACUUUUCCAAGUGCAGCUCUAGCGAAGUCAAUCCUCCACGGCGAUUCAGGCUCAUCAACGAAAUUCAGCUGGGUUCUCGUGGAUGCCGAGCACGGACUGAUCUCCGAUCAUCAUUACUAUGAGCUCAACAACGCCAUUGGCUCUGAGAACGUAAGCCCUAUCAUUCGUGUUCCUUGCGCAGAGGAAUGGAUGAUCAAGCGGGCGCUGGAUGCUGGUGCCCACGGGAUCAUGACUCCCAUGUGCCACUCAGAGGUUGAUGCCGCCAAUAUUGUCAAGUGGACCAAGUAUCCUCCCCGCGGUACUCGAGGUUAUGGACCGAUGUUCGCUCCUCACGCUUUCCCAGGUCUAAAUGCCGGGCCAGCCUAUGAUGAGGGCACUGAAGGCGGCAUCACGAUUGCUGUGCAGAUUGAGUCAAAAUCGGGCGUCGAGAAUGUGGAGAAGAUUGCUGCUGUUCCUGGCAUUGAUGUUCUCUUCAUUGGACCCUUUGAUCUCGCUAAGCAGACCAACGUGGUUCAUGGAGGAGAAGAGCAUGAAGGAUAUAUCAAGCGCAUUCUGCAUGCUGCUCAUAACGCUGGCAAGAAGGCUGCUAUUUUCUGCUCCAACGGCAAUGAUGCCAACAGACGCACCCAGCAGGGCUUUGAUAUGAUCUCAGUCAACACCGACGUUGGCGUUAUCCGCACGGCUAUGCUCAACGAGCUGAAGACCGCUAAUGGCGAGGCGGUCGAGGGCGGUCCUCGCAAGGGGUAUUAA